AUGGAUCCAACAACCACCAAUUUCACACUUCACGAAUCGACUCGAUCUGACAUGCCAUCCUUAAAAGACAAGGAUCCCUUCUCCUCCGGCUUUCCGGAACAACAAGAAGCAUUUUCGGAACCAAUUUCUCAACUACAACAACAACAACCCUUCGAAAGUUCCUCUCCCGCACAAGAACCAAUUUCACACCAAUCGAUUCCAUUCGAACCAGUCGAACCUUUUCCGAAACAAAGUUUAUCGAAAAAUAGAAACAAUCUUCGAUCGCUCGUUUUAUGGUUUCUCGCCAUGAGUGUCAUUUUGUGUUUGGUUGGAAUUUUGUGUUUUUCUAUUGGUGGUGCUUUAUUUGGAGUGGUGAAUGCAGAUCCUGAAUUGAAAUUGGAUCCAAAUGCAUUGAUGUAUGUUCAUAGAAAUUGUUGUGUGAUUAGUGAUGUUGUGGAAUGUACUUCUACGAAUUUUUCGAGACGUGCUGAGCGGUGUAGAUUUAAUGUGACAUUUCCAUUAUUGGGAAUAGAGGUGUUGACAAGUGACCCUUUGAGAGGAAAUGGUGUGAAUUGUUUUGUGAAUAACACCAAUAAUACCUCUACGAAAUGGAUAUCCCUGAUUACCACAUUUAGAUACUCUUCAUCGAAAGUAAGAGCUACUUUUUCAAAUCAAAGUUAUGUGUCUUGUUAUACAAAUAAGGAAGAAUCAAAAGUUGCCAUUCUUGAUCCAAUUAGUGAGCUCUAUGAAGGAUACACUUCAGGAGCAAUCGCAACAGUUACCAUAGGUUCUGUUUCCAUCGGUUUUGUCAUUACAGUAGGUGUUUAUCUCUUUAUUAAGAUGAUAGGAGAAAGUCCAAGAAGAGAAACCAAUAAGAGUCAAUUCGUUCAAUAA